UCGUCGAUGCCUGAUUCAUACUUUUUGCACAUGCUAAGUUUUUGUGUUGCGCGAACGUCGCGUGUGCGAUCGGAUCAAUUGCGAAGAUUGUGUUUAUCUGUUCUCGAACAGACGUUUGCACUUUCGCUGUAAUUGAAGUAAUUGCGGGUGAAACAAUGACAGACAUUAGUAUGCAUCAGCAGCAUCCUGGUCUCGAUGUAUUGUCGAGACCCGCCGAGGAAUUUGUCAAUGACCCGAGUGUCGAAAGAAUGUGGGCAAUGAAAGCUAUGGAGCACGCAGAAGUUUACUUCAAUAUUUUAUGCUCAGUUGAUCCAAAACUCUUGAGACUCACACCUCAUGACGACAUAAUUUACAAAACAUUCCGAGAAACCUUCCCUGAUAUGAAGGUAGACAAAAUAAGUGAAGAGGACCUUAAGUCUCAUGAACAGAAGGAAAAAUGGAGACCUUUUUGCCAGCAAUUUAAAAACAUUGUAGAGGACUAUAGUUUUGGUACAUUGAUGAGAGCAGAUUGCACUGGAGAAUACUCUGAGGAAAACAGCAUUCUCACAACUAGAAUACAGUUUUAUGCUAUUGAGCUUGCAAGGAACAAAGAGGGCCUCAAUGAUAUUGUACGGAAAACAUAUAAACCAAAGGAGAGUAAGAAGUGAUCAAAUAGUAUGCUAUAUAUACAAAUUGUGACUAGAUACACUAAUAUUGUUGAAAAUAUAUUCAAAUACUUUUAA